CAGACAGACGAGUGCGCACGAAGCCACAAGUUAUGGCGCUACAGUGAGACAAUGUCUGCUAAUGUGCGGCGAUUGUUUGGAUUGAUAAUGCACCUAAAUGUAGGACCUGUAAUAUAUGCACCUCCAUGACCUAGGAAGGUUUCUAUCUUCCCCGACAUGCUUUUUUGUUUUGGCCUGUUUGCUCUCUUGUUAUAUAAUACAGUUGUAGCUAACGCAGUCUGCAGCUUCACUUACUCCAAGAAGGAACGAAUUGAUGUAGUGUCUCUAGAUUACCAGAAGAAAGGUUAUGACAAAUGUGAAUACCUGAUCAAGGCCCCUCCUGACAGCAACAUUAUAGCCCUAAACUUCACUGAUCUAGUGGGAUUUCAGUCCUCCAUUGGUACAGUGCCAGACCCUCGAUCAGGUCAAGUGGGAUCUAAUCCUGAGGAUCUUCUACCUUGUUUACCACCUGAGCUGACCAUUAGUGAUGAAACAGAAGGACAUCAUGGUGUAGUCAGCAGCAAGAUUUGCAAAUCUCAGAAUUACCAAACCCCUCAUGUCUUUCAUUUCAAAUCCAAUGUGUUAAAGAUCAUAUAUGUAUGGGUAGAAGAUGAGAAGAGUAGUUUCACCUUGGAUAUAAAUUUUCAGCAGAGCUUCAAUAACUGUGUUUUUACUUGUGAUGGUACCCACUGUUUGGAAAAUAAGAGUUUGAUUUGUGAUCAAGUAUAUCACUGUCGGGACAAAUCAGAUGAGCACAACUGUCCCCAGUCCUCCAUAGGCACAGUUCCCACAACAGUUGCUCGAGUUGUGAUCAUCAUAGUGACAAUAACUUUAAUGCCUGUAUUGGCCAUUUUGAUUUGUGUAGCCAGUCCAUGUAAAUCGACUCGUCGCAUGUUGCGCCGGUGGACAAAUCGUGACCGCGGGGAUGUGGAAAAUAGACAAUUGAGGCCCCGAUCCCAUGUCUCCGAGUCUGGAUUUGGUGGAGCAGCAACAUCCACAUCUUGUGUAUCAGCCAGUCAAGAAAUCUCAGAUCCACAAGAAGCCCUUCUUCGGGAGCGAAGAAUUCUGAAACAUUCAAUGCAAACUGAUAUGACUAUUAGCUUACCACCACAAAUACCUAUCUCCCAAGAUGGAGAGGAAGGUUACAGACAGAGUCAGAAGACUUUAAAACAUCUGCGUAAAUCUGAUGGUUAUCAACAUUGCUUUAGACCCCCACCCAACAAGACUGUGCAUGAUAAAGAGAGCCCCCCUCCUUAUUACUCUCAUUCAGCUUCUGCCAUAGAUAAAGUCGGCCACUCUCCGCUUAAAGUCGGGGGAAGUCCUGACAGUCGAAUGACGUCCAGCGACAUGUUGUCUCGGUCGUACAGUAUGUCAAACAUAAACACAGCUGGGUUAUUGUUUUGUAUUUUUGGGACAAUUUUGUCUCAACAGAUUGAGUCAGACUGGGUUUCUCUUCAAGACUCAAAAGUUUACAAUCGGCAUGCUUGUUUUAAGAAGAUGUAUCCGGAGGAAAUUCGCGUUGGGAAGAAUCCCCGCCCACAUGAGUAUAUGGACAUGAAUACCCUUCCUAAGAGCUGGGACUGGAGAAACAUCAAUGGAACAAAUUACUGUAGUACUACUAGGAACCAACACAUUCCUCAAUACUGUGGUUCUUGCUGGGGAAUGGGAUCCACCAGUGCUUUUGCAGACAGAAUCAACAUUAAGCGUAAAGGUGCUUGGCCUUCCGCGUACCUUUCUGUACAGCAUGUGAUAGACUGUGGGGGAGCAGGAAGCUGUGAAGGAGGGGAUGAUGUAGGGGUGUGGAAGUAUGCUCACUCACAUGGUAUUCCAGAUGAAACCUGCAACAAUUAUCAGGCAAAGGAUCAAAAAUGUGAUUCGUUCAACCAAUGUGGAACUUGUGUCACAUUUGGCAAAUGUUUUCAGCUGAAUAACUACACACUGUGGAAGGUGUCAGACUAUGGAACCGUUAAAGGUCGAGAUAAAAUGAUGGCUGAAAUUUAUAAAAAUGGGCCAAUCAGUUGUGGAAUAGAUGCUACAGAUAAACUAGAAGCAUACACUGGUGGAAUUUAUACAGAAAAGAAAAUGCUCCCAAUAGUAAACCACAUUGUGUCAGUAGCAGGCUGGGGAGUGGAUCCAGCUACAAAAACAGAAUACUGGAUAGUAAGGAACUCUUGGGGAGACCCCUGGGGUGAACACGGAUGGUUGAGAAUCGUGACCAGUGCCUAUGAUGGAGGGAAAGGCAAUGACUACAAUCUAGCUAUAGAGUCCAGGUGUGCUUACGGAGAUCCAAUCAAUCCACCUGGUUACUAAGGAGACGAAUCUCUGAUUGGUCAACAACAUGCAUGAAAUUCUCAAUACUUGAUGCAAAUUAUUUAUUCCCAUCGAUUUAUCAUUUUUUUCUUCAAGAAACUGGAAAGCAGAUCAAAGUACAGACAAGUAUAGUGAAAUUACUCUAUAGAUUGAGGACUGCUUCUCUUUUUGUGAAACCCGGUAUGUUAAGUGUUUGUAACAGCUCCAAAAGAGUGAUUAUACGGACUGUUUACAAUUGUCGUCUAAUUUUACAUCUGCGAUUGUAUUUCUUUUUUUUAUAAACAAAGCAUUGUGAUAUCAUAUAUAAUAUCUAGAGUGAUCUGAUUAAACUAGAUUAUUGUGACUGUUAUGCCCUGCUCACACAAAUAGACUUUCAGAGACGGUGGAAUGUAAAAUACCAGGGUAAUGCAAAUUAAAUUAAUCGAAUUAAAUAUGGAUCACAUGACAAUUAAUGUGAAGAGGUAAUGCAAAAUAAAAUUUGAUUAGGCUAUUUUGAUGUCAUUUGCAAGUUACUUUAUCUUAUGCAGAGUACCAACAUAAUGUUACGGUAUCUGCAAAUAUUUUUAGUAAUUAACAUUUCCACUAAAGAAUAGAUUAUUAAUUACCUAUACCUGACCACCGACAUGUGGCAUGUGACUUAAUUUUUGCUAUUACACAUGGAUCAAAAUUUAUUAUCACUUAGCAUUUACACGGUGAUGAUGUGAAGUAUCUUAAAGUGCAGUAAAUUCGAAUUAAACUAAUUCAUGCUAAGUUUUCCAUGUGAAUGCUGUUCAGAUUUAAUUUGCAUUAACUUGCAUUUCAUUUGAAUUAAACUCUCUGUGUGAUCAGGGCAUUAAACUACUUUUUAGGUGUUUUGACAAGUACUCUCAUAUUGUGUAAUUUAAUGUACAGAAUUGAGUUUUUAAAAAAAAUAUACAUGUUUAGUGAUUUUUAUUUGCAAUUUUCUACUAACAGCUGAAUUAUCAUGUAUGUUACCAAGACUCAAUUUCAGAUACUUUACUAUCUACCAAGAGUGCAAGUCCUUCGUUUAUAAUGUACACAUCCUACAUUUACUAAAUUUUAUAUUUUGUAAUUAUGAACGUCUUAAAAGUUCAUCGAUACUCUGAUAAGAGACAUAACUCUUAACAACAUUAAUGUCUUAUUUAUUCCUUCAUAAAUUUGCAAAGUUGAAAUGUCUUUUUUUUGUCCAAUUUUUGCCCAGGAAGCUAUGCUACAAUUGUUUGUAUUUUAUUUACUUUGGAAAAUCAUAAGAGUUAAAGCAACAUUCUAUAUGAGUGGGCAGAGGGUUUAUGAACCUCAAUAUUUGGCACCAAGUGCUUGUUGUUAAUAACAUAUCAGCAUUUUUGGAUAAGUAUUUGUUGAUCUUGCCCACUGUCAUGUUUCAAAUUACGUGAUAUACAUUCAUAUGAAAUGGGAGCAGGGGCUCAUAACUUCCAUUUUGUUAUAUUCUUAGUCACAAUACUUGAAAUUGUUUUACAAUGCAGUAUGCAGUUCUUUUAUAUUUUUCUACCUGUUUUGAUGUCAUCUUUGUGUUGUGAAGGAAGAAAACCAUCUCAACUUGCAGUUCCUCAAAUUUUUAAAAACCUGUGUCAUCUAUAUUGUUUUUUAUUAAAGACUAUUUCAGAAUUAAAACAAAUCAUAUACAUUGGAAGAA